UUUCAUUUCAGUGUAAGCUGCAUUUAUAAACUAGUUGUGUGAGAACAGAAGGGUGUUACGGGUAGCCAUAGGUUAGGCAGGCUUGCAGAGGAGCUAACGUGCACACCUCCCAAAACGCAUUAUAUGUUUAACCAGUGUCUGUCAGUAGAAAAAACUGGCCGUUCACUUAAAUGUAGCCCAGAGAAGCUUUGAAGACGUUUUGUGCCGAGAACCAUGGCAAUGUUUUCCUGGAGUGGAGCAGCAACUUGCUCUGAGAGGGUCUGGGGCUAUGAGGCAUAUGCAUGUGCUAACCAACUGCCUCCCACAGGUUUGGAAGACUAUAUGAAACGGUAUGGAGAGGGCAUAAGGAGGGUCCUGACCUCCUUUGGGCCUGUUCCAGACUUCUUCGGUGAAGGAGCCAAGAGCAUCGUCAGUGAGAUGUGUGAGCUGAUUCCCAGCGACGAGCAGCAUCUGUCGGCCAGGAUAGAGAGGAGGGACCAGCUCCUCAUGGGUCUGGCAAAGCUGAAGAAGGAGCAUUAAGAUCAGCAUGCAAGGCCCAAAGUCAGGAAAACUUCUGAUUAUCACUGCUGACUGAGGAAAAGUAAUCUUUAAACAUUAGAUUAGAGGGGUUUUUUUGUUAAGUACACUUCUUUUACUCAUUUGAUAACAAUUUAAAUAAAAUGAAUAAUAAUGUAAUAAUAAUAAUAUUUUAAAUAAUAAUAAUGAUAUGCUGGGAGUGAUAAUAAAAAUAUCUUAUUUGUGCCUUAUAAAAUAACUGUGGCUUGCUAACCAUUAAGAAGCAGGGAUUCAAUUUAAAACAGUUUUAUCUUUCUGUGUGCAUUUUGAUCUCAACACUGAUCUUGUAGCAAUUAAGGGACUUAAUUAACAGCAACCAUCUGAGUCGGUGCUCCAUGGCAUGUAACGAUCUGCUGUGUAAAUGAAUUCUGUGAAAGAAAUUUGAAAUGAUCUUUUGAUUAAUAAAAAACAAUGCAAUUAUA